GUGAUAUCGACCGUUCAAAAUAAAUUCUAAUGAAUGAAAAGUUACACUUAGUACACUUGGAUGAAAAGUUACACUUGGUACACUUGGACUAAUGAUUAGUAACAUAUACGGUGACUGUUACCAUUACUACACUGAAAUGCAUGACAGAGUGCAUGCCGGGAUGGCCUACUGCACAACGGUUGCAGGCGUGAAUAAAGAAGAUACCAAAAGGUACCACUGACGUCCGGGGAAAACUCUGGAGCUUCGCGUGGUUACAAAAGUAAAUAUUAUUUUAUUUUAUUUAUUUUAUUUUUAAGCCUAUCGUUAUGUGGUAAUUUAAAAAUUUUAACGUGUGCAUCCACACACACACACACACACACACACCGUGUAAGGUAAGGUUAAUUGUAUUUGUUCGUGUCUUAACAAUGCCCAAAUCGGAAUUUGUUUAUGGUAAGGAUUCCACGCCCUCACUGGAUUACAUUUUGUAGUCACAAAUUGAACGUUAGAACUUGAAUUCCAUUGGGUCCAAGAGAAAUGGGCCUUUGGGGUUCAUGACUUUAGAAAAGAAAAAAAAACCGGCUGAGACCAAGCGUGAAAAGGUACUUGGCCUAAACAAGUCGACACGCCCUUUGUUUUGUCCAUAGAGCAGACGUGCUUUGAUACAGUCAAGGCAUGUGUUUUCGGUAGGGCCUGUCAAAGGAGGGAGUUGUAGAAAAAUUAUUUGUUUAUUAAUAUACAAUGCAACCAAGGGAAGUGAGUGGUCACAUUUUCUUAAAAUUAUUUAUAUAUAUAUAUAUAUAUUAUAAUCAUAUCCUUUUUCAUUAUGUAUUUAGUCAAUUUUCGUCUUUUCCCUUGUAAAAAUCUAUAAGUUCUUUCAUAUAUUCUGAUGGUUUAAUUUAUUUGGAAAUGAAGGGGUUAACAUAGAAGACCCUUAUACAGUAUGGUGACUUGGCACGUGCGCGGCUUGUGUUUCAUGACUAGCUUUCUUCACCACAGAUUCACUGACGAGGUACCGGUAAUGUUUCCGAAAUUUCUUCUGAGGCGGAAAGUAGGUCAAGCUCUGGUUGUCUUGGGAUUAUGCAGCAGCAUCGUCUGCAUCUGGCUGUCACAGCAGGAUUGGGACAGGACAGGUAAGCCACAAUGUUGGGAUACUGUCACAGCAGGAUUGGGACAGGACAUGUAAGCCACAAUGUUGGGAUGCCCGUCACAGCAGGAUUGGGACAAGACAGGGAAGACACAAACUUGGGAUGACUAUCACAGCUGGAUUGGGACAGGACAGGGAAGACACAAGCUUGGGAUGACUGUCACAGCAGGAUUGGGACAGGGCAGGUAAGACACAAACGUGGGACGACUGUCACAGCAGGAUUGGGACGGGACAGGUAAGACACAAGGUUGGGAUGACUGUCACAGCAGGAUUGGGACGGGACAGGUAAGACACAAGCUUGGGAUGACUGCCACAGCAGGAUUGGGACGGGACAGGUAAGACAUAAGCUUGGGAGGACUGCCACAGCAGGAUUGGGACGGGACAGGUAAGACAUAAGCUUGGGAUGACUGCCACAGCAGGAUUGGGACGGGACAGCUAAGACACAAAGUAGUGAGAGGGGGGUAGAACUAGAAAACAGAGAUACGGGUUUAAUAUAUUAAUCGAUGAUACAUUCAGGAGAGCUGUGACAUGGAAUCAAUGUGACAUUGAUAUGGCAUGUCAUGGAGCUGACGUGACAUAGACUAGGCGUGACCUGACGUGGCAUUGAAUAACUGUGACGUGGCUUUGGCGUAUCAUUGAACAUGUGUGACAUGUAAUUGACAUGACAUUGAAUAGACGUGACGUGGAGAUGAUAUGACAUUGAACGCGUGUGACGUGGCAUUAACGUCACAUGAAAUAGAUGUGACAUGGGAUGGAUGUGGCAUGCCAUCAUAUAUGUCACAUGGGAUAGGUCGGAUAAUAUUUGUAACUAUUGUUCCAACUUCAUGACUAGAGCUGUAGUAAGUUGUGAUAGCCUACUUGACCUCUUCUUGACCUUAGGACUUAAGUCCUCUUCCAUUCUUGGUUUCAGAAAACUCAGCUGCCGGUAAAAAAAAAAACAUUAAUGGUGAACACUUAAAGUUUUUGAACUAUUUGUCCAUUUAAUUUCUUGUUUCUUCAAUUGUCCCGUCUGCGUAGGAAGACUCUUAGAUGACUUAUCUUCCUAUUUCAAUCUUCAACAUACAAUGUUCUAUCAUUUCCGAUUAGACUAGCCUCUAUCUCACCUGAUAACCAUAUUUAUCUAAGAUAAGUUAUAUUAGCAAUUAAUUGAAGACCGAUUUCUAAUAAUUUUUUCUUUACUUCUGCUGCGCACAGACAGGUCACAAAUGAGACGUCCGAGGAGAUCUCCGGUGAAGGAAGACUACGUGAUUGUCAACAACCUGUUGGAUGAGAUCAGAGGCGGAGUCGUCGCCCAGGAGGUGACGGAGAAACCCAAUCUCCCUGUAGCCCCGGAAGACGAUCUCAACCCUAAAGAAUACAAUGAUCCCGAUGCCGAGGGGGCUCGCGGCGCGCCCAGCCCCGUGAAGGUAUCAAAACCCACCGCCGCGCAAAACCGUACAAACGCACAACGUCCUUCAAAUGAACGGAAGCGUGCUGGGACUGGAGUCGUCGAGCCGUGCCCCUUGUACCCGACAGACGAUCUGAUCGGUCGGCUGGCCGGUCUCAAGGAAUGCGUGGCACCGGAAGACCUCCCCAGACUGCAUCCCUACGUCGAGAAGGGUGGCCGGGUCCGACCGACGAACUGCACGGCCUACGAGCGGGUGGCGAUCAUCAUCCCGUUCAGAAACCGGUACGUCCACCUUUACAUCCUCCUCAACAACAUCAUUCCCAUGAUGCAACGCCAGAAAGUGGACGCCAGAUUUUUCGUCAUCGAGCAGGCGCCGCCCACCAUCUUCAACAGGGCGGCCCUGUUCAACGUCGGCUUCAUCGAGGCGUUGAAACUGGACAGCUUCGACUGUUUCAUCUUCCACGACGUCGACCUGAUCCCGCUCAACGACCGGAACCUGUACCGCUGCGAUGAGCAUCCGAUGCAUUUCGCCGUCGCCAUGGAUAAGUACGAGUACAAGCUGCCUUACAAGAAGUACGUCGGGGGCGUGGUGGGCUUCACGAAGGAGCAGUACCUGCGCAUCAACGGCAACUCGAACCUGUACUUCGGCUGGGGCGGGGAGGACGACGAUUUGUUCGAAAGGAUCGACAACAAAGAAUACGAGAUCGCCCGCCCGUACCUCGACGUGGGCAAGUACGACAUGGUCCGCCACAAGCAGGACAAAGGCAACGAGGACAACUGCGACCGGCGCAGGCUGCUCCGAACGGCCAGGCAGCGGCAGGACACCGAGGGGCUGAACACCAUCAAGUACAAGAGGAAGUCCGUCGAGCUGAGGAGCCACAUGACCUGGAUCACCGUUCAGCUGGACAUGGCCGAGAUUUUGGCCACGGCCCCCGAGGAGACGCGGAAGGACAUGGAGCUCACGCACAGCGACGUGAAAAAUAACUUUUGCAACUUUUCCAGGGGGGCCCCGAUUCAUGAAUGAUGACCAACCGUUUUAGAUUCAGGCAGACCUGUGCUGGACUAGACACAAACAAAAAGAGACAUUAGAAAUUCAGACAGGAUUUCCAAAAAAGUGCGUACAUCAGCACAUCAUGUGGGACAAACAGUAUCUCAGCCAAGUACACACAUCUUCAGCACGAGAUGUUUCAGUCAAACACAUCGUAAUGUUGCAUCACCAUCAUAGUUGUCCAUAAAGUUGAAAUUUAGCCGAGCCGCAAAUGUAUCAAGAUUCCAAUAAGAGGGUUGAAGUGGGAUGCCCAAUAUAAACAAGGGCUGGCGCACUUGGUUGAUAGGUAUCCAAAAGAUUGUGUACCCCGUCCACUUUGUCCCCCACUCAACAUUGUGAUGACUUUUGUAGUACGUCAAACUGCUGUAUGACUUUAGUAGUACUUCAUACUGCUGUAUGACUUUUGUAGUACUUCAUACUGCUGAAUGACUUUUGUAGUACUUCAUACUGCUGUAUGACUUUUGUAGUACUUCAUACUGCUGUAUGACUUUUGUAGUACUUCAUCUUGUUGUAUGACUUUUUUAGUACUUCAUACUGCUGUAUGACUUUUGUAGUACUUCAUACUGAUGUAUGACUUUUGUAGUACUUCAUACUGCUGUAUGACUUUUAUAGUACUUCAUCUUGUUGUAUUACUUUUGUAGUACUUCAUCUUGUUGUAUGACUUUUGUAGUACUUCAUGAUGCUGUACAACUUUUGUAGUACUUCAUACUGUUGUAUGACUUUUGUAGUACUUCAUACUUUUGUAUGACUUUUGUAGUACUUCUUACUGUUGUAUGACUUUUGUAGUACUUCAUAAUGUUGUGUAACUUUUGUAGUACUUCAUACUGUUGUAUGACUUUUGUAGUACUUCAUACUGUUGUAUGACUUUUACUACUUCAUACUGUUGUAUGACUUUUGUAGUACUUCAUACUUUUGUAUGACUUUUGUAGUACUUCUUACUGUUGUAUGACUUUUGUAGUACUUCAUAAUGUUGUGUAACUUUUGUAGUACUUCAUACUGUUGUAUGACUUUUGUAGUACUUCAUACUGUUGUAUGACUUACUUUAAACUCAGGGUGUGUGGAUUUAAUCCAGUCUGAACUUUGUGGAUCUAAUCAUGUCUGGUGUAUGUGGAUUUCAUCCUGUCUAGUGGUGUGUGGAUCUAAUCAUUUCAAGUGUCUGAGGAUUUAAUCCUGUAUGGUGCAUGCUGAGGUUAUCAUCUGGUUCAUGUGGUUAAUCACGUCUGGUGUAUGUGGAUUUAAUCAUGUCUGGUGUAUGUGGAUUUAAUCAUGUCUGGUGUAUGUGGAUUUAAUCAUGUCUGGUGUAUGUGAAUUUAAUCAUGUCUGGUGUAUGUGGAUUUAAUCAUUUUGCUGUGUGUGGAUUUCAUCAAGACUGGUGACUGCAGAUUUAAUCUAAUCUGGUGUAUGUGGAUUAAAUCAUUUCUGAUGUAUGUGACUGUUGAACAAGAUUUCGACCUAACAUCUGAGUAGUGUUUUUAAAAAGUGAUACAGAAGUGGACUGCCUUCGGGUUUAAUCAAUAAGAAAUAUACACAGGGUAGAGGACAAGAGAGGAAAUGACGAAGAACAAUACAGGGUUUUCCUCUACCCUGUGGAUAUUUCUUAGUAAUUUUUAUUGGAGGUUCUCAAACCUUUGCGACAUUCAAAUUCAGGUGUAUUAUGCAAAAAUUUUUAUUUACCGUAGUGGUAGUAAGUAUUUUAUUUGUAACAUUUACAAAUCUUUGGAAUGCUU